AUGUGCAUGAGGCGCUUCGAUCAGGCUAUUGCUUGCAACUAUUCCACAGAGGCCUCGCAUGAAAUCCAUUACCCCAAGUUCAUCCUGUUCAACCUACAAAAAAAGACAUCCAGAGAGUACGAACAGCGUUCCAGUGUACCCUCAUCUGCGCCCCCUUGCUGCCGCCAUGGCGUCCCUGAGGAACGAACUCUGUUCCCUCCAGGUGGACUUGCUUCUGCCCCCCAUUGCCGCUUUUUCCGGUCUAGUCCUGGCUUGUCUGUGAAGUGCAUUGCGGGGAGGGUGGAAUUGGGCGGCUUGCGUUCCUCUUAA